UGGCGUGGUUUACGCCGAGAUCAGAGCUCCGAGUGCCUGGGGGUGGGAGCAGAAGGAGGAAAGGGCGUCUGAUGCCAGCUGCCAACAUGACAGAAACGCUGCAGCUCCCGGCGCUGCGGGUCCCCGAGCAGCAGGUGCUGGAGGGCGGCUGCGCCUGGUCCAGCUCGUCCACCCCGACCCUGCGCAGGAAGCGCUUCAAGAUGAGGAGGAUGAAGAACGUGCAGGAGCAGAGCCUGGAGGCCGGCAGGUACCAGGAGUCUCCUUCCUCCAGCAAGGAAUACCUGCAGCUCCCCUCCAUUGAGAUCACCCCGUCCAGUGACGAGGACACCCCCUGGUCCAACUGCUCCACUCCCAGUGCCUCCCCGCGCCGCAAGCGCUUCCUCCUUCGGAAGUGGCUGCGCGUCCGAGAGAAGAAGGAGUGCAGUGAGAGCAGCAGCCAGCAGAGCAGCCAGCAGAGCAGCCACGACGAUGACUCCGCGCGGUUCCUGAGCCCCUCCGUGCCCGAGGACAGUACCGCCAGUAACUCCAACCGCAGCACGCCCGCCUGCUCCCCGAUCCUGCGCAAACGCUCGCGCUCGCCCACGCCGCAGGACGCCCAGGGGGACGCCAUGGUGGAGAAGGGCUCCGACCACUCCUCGGACAAGUCGCCGUCCACGCCGGAGCAGGGCGUCCAGAGGAGCUGCUCCUCCCAGUCAGGCCGCAGCGGGGCCAAGAACUCCAAGAAAAGCCAGAGUUGGUAUAAUGUGCUGAGCCCCACGUACAAGCAGCGCAAUGAGGAUUUCAGGAAACUCUUCAAGCAGCUCCCGGACACCGAGCGCCUCAUCGUGGAUUACUCAUGUGCUCUCCAGAGGGACAUUCUCCUGCAGGGCCGCCUCUACCUCUCCGAGAACUGGAUCUGCUUCUACAGCAACAUCUUCCGCUGGGAGACACUGCUGACAGUUCGCUUGAAGGACAUCUGCUCCAUGACCAAGGAGAAGACAGCCCGGCUCAUUCCCAAUGCCAUCCAAGUUUGCACUGACACUGAAAAGCACUUUUUUACCUCCUUUGGGGCUCGGGACAGGACGUACAUGAUGAUGUUCAGACUCUGGCAGAACGCUCUGCUUGACAAGCCCCUGUGCCCCAAGGAGCUCUGGCACUUUGUCCACCAGUGCUACGGCAACGAGCUGGGGCUGACCAGCGACGACGAAGACUACGUGCCUCCUGACGAUGACUUCAACACCAUGGGCUACUGCGAAGAAAUCCCCGUGGAGGAGAAUGAAGUCAACGACAGCUCCUCCAAGAGCAGCAUGGAGGCCAAGCCAGAAGCCAGCCCUCAGCUGCCAAAGAAAUCUGUCACUGCCAGCACCCUGACCUCCACAGGCAGCAGUGAAGCCCCAGCCUCGUUUGAUGGAGUGCUCCCAGAAGAGGAGGAGGCAGUGGCAGAGAGUCCUGUGGAGAAGGACCUUGGCAUUGCCAACAUCAUGGGAGAGAAGAUUGACAUCAUUGGCCCUGUGAACUCCCCCUCCCUGGACUUCAAUGACAACGAGGACAUUCCCACAGAGCUCAGUGACUCCUCAGACACCCACGAUGAAGGGGAGGUCCAAGCCUUUUAUGAGGACCUGAACGGCCGCCAGUACGUGAAUGAGGUGUUCAACUUCAGCGUGGACAAGCUCUACGACCUGCUCUUCACUGACUCCCAGUUCCAGAGGGACUUCAUGGAGCAGCGCCGCUUCUCUGAUAUUAUCUUUCACCCCUGGAAGAAGGAGGAAAAUGGCAAUCAGACCAGAGUGAUCCUGUACACCAUCACCCUCACCAACCCUCUGGCCCCCAAAACUGCCACAGUCACCGAGACUCAGACAAUGUACAAGGCCAGCCAGGAGAGUGAGUGCUAUGUCAUCGAUGCAGAGGUGCUCACCCACGAUGUCCCCUACCACGAUUAUUUCUACACCAUCAACCGCUACACCUUGACUCGUGUUGCCAGAAACAAGAGCCGACUCAGGGUUUCCACAGAAUUACGCUACAGGAAGCAGCCUUGGGGGCUGGUGAAAUCCUUCAUUGAGAAGAAUUUCUGGAGCGGCCUGGAGGAUUAUUUCCGUCACUUGGAGAGCGAGCUGACCAAAACAGAGAGCACGUACCUGGCUGAGGUGCACAGACAAUCCCCCAAAGAGAAGGUGAGCAAGCAAUCCACGGUGCGGCGGCGGAAACGCGCCCACGCCCACCUGAGGGUGCCCCACCUGGAGGAGGUGCUCAGCCCCGUGACCACCCCCACGGAUGAGGAGGUUGCCCAUCGAAUCAAGCACGUGGCAGGUUCCACUCAAACACGGCACAUCCCUGAGGAGAGCCCCAGUGGCUUCCACCUGCAGAGUGUCUCCAAGCUGCUCCUUGUCAUCAGCUUUGUUCUGGUGCUGCUGGUCAUUCUCAACAUGAUGCUGUUCUACAAGCUCUGGAUGUUGGAGUACACCACGCAGACGCUGACGGCGUGGCAGGGCCUGAGGCUGCAGGAGAGGUUACCCCAGUCUCAGACAGAGUGGGCCCAGCUGCUGGAGUCCCAGCAGAAGUACCACGACUCAGAGCUGCAGAAAUGGCGCGAGAUCAUCAAAUCCUCCGUGAUGCUCCUGGACCAGAUGAAGGAUUCUCUAAUAAAUCUCCAGAAUGGCAUCGGGUCCAGGGACUUCGGGUCAGAUCCAGAGGAGAAAAGGAAACGUUUCCAUUGACAGGCAGGAAUGCAGGAGGCCAGAGGACGGUGUGCAAUAUGUGUAAAUAGGAUAUAUAAAUAUAUAU